AUUGUCAAGGUGUCACAAAGAAGAGCACGCACUUAUCAAAUAUGGUCUGUAAAAAAUGUAAAAGAAGGUCAAAGGGCUUUCCUCAAAAAUUUGGAUACAAAAGGCACUAUAAACAUCUGCAACGAAAAUAAAGAUGAUGUAGAUGUGACUGUGGAGGGCACACGUGUAAUGCAAUUGGAAAGACUACUCCGAAACCGUAACAUCGUUUAUGAAGUGACGGAAACAAAUGCCGACGCUAUGGGCAGACUACGAUUUGCUAGUCCCACUCCUUCCACAUAUUCACCUAAAUCACCAAGAAGCCGUGGUAUGGACUGGACGGACUAUCAUCCUUUGAACGUAAUCUAUAAAUAUUUAGUGGACCUUGAAGCGCAGUGUCCUUCUACAUGCACUUUGAGUGUUAUCGGUACAUCAGUGGAGGGCAGAGAUAUAAUGUUGCUUAAAAUUUCUAACAGCAAUGCAAGCAACACAGGAGUAUGGUUGGACGGUACCAUACACGCCCGUGAAUGGAUCAGUGCAUCUGUUGUCUUGUACAUAGGAGAGCAGCUUGCUAAGAAUUUUGACAGUAUGCCAACGAGCAUAACUAAUAAAGACUGGUAUUUAGUGCCAAUUGUGAAUCCGGAUGGUUAUGUUUAUACGCAUACAAGUGAUCGAAUGUGGAGGAAAAAUAGAGCUCGCCUCGGCUCGACUGUAGUUGGAGUGGAUCUUAAUCGAAAUUUUGGAGUAAGAUGGGGUGUAAGUGGUACAGAGUUCUCGUCUGGUGAUCCUAACCAUAAUAAUUUUAGAGGACCAAGUGCAUUCUCCGAACCAGAAGCAGGUGCUAUUAAGGAUUUCAUUUUAUAUUCAUCGAUACCGUUUAAGAUAUUUUUGACUUUUCACUCGUACAGUGAAGUUAUUACGUUCCCCUGGUGUUUUACUACUGAUCCCUGCCCCGAUUAUGUGUACUUACUUGAAGGAGCAACUGUCAUGUCAAAGGCUAUUUAUGAUACAAGCGGCCGCCUGUAUAAAGUCGGUAACUUCAGAGAUUUAAUGUACCCAGCAAGUGGCACGAGUAUCGACUGGAGUUACGGUAUCGCUCGUAUACCGUAUUCAUAUCUAGUCGAGUUGAGAAGUAAAGAACAUAAAUUCGCUUUGCCGAAAAAACAGAUAAUCGAAUGCUGUGAAGAAAUAUGGAAUGGUGUAAAAGCUUUAGCUGAACACGUCGAUAAAAAGAAAUGUCUCAAUUGUGAACCUUUAAAACAUAAAGAUAUGUAA